AUGGGUCGCGGAAGCUUCUCCAGCGACGGUUCGUCCGACGCUGGCGGCGCUCGCCUUGCCCUUUUCUCUCCCCCACCAAGGGGAAACCAACAUUGGCGGUCUGGAUCCGUAACUAAGACUUACAAGACCGACACUCCGGACACAGACACCUUCCCCAGUGUUCCCAGCGACCCCAGCGGGAGCGAGAAGCAGUCUGGCGGUGCCCGACUUGGCGGUCAUUCGCGACAAUCGUCGAUGGCCUCUGCUGUGUCCAUGCAGUCGUCACAUUCGCGUUCUAGCAGCAACACCUAUGUUGGCAAUGGACAUGAACAGAUCCAGCCUUUCGCGAACUUCCAACCUGGAGCUUCACAUCAUCCUUCAUCGUCACGUCCCCCGCAGCGCUACCAGACACCAGAGAACCAGGUGACGCCUCCUAACAAGGUGCAACAACUGGCGAAGGGUCUCAGCUCCAUGGAGCUCACCCGCAGCGGAGACCAUCCUGCCAUCUCGGAUAUCCGAAAACAUACUGCCGACGCCAACCGUCGACUCUGUGGCCUUAAGCACGCUGUUGACUCCUCCGACCACGUCCCUCCCCAAUUCCGCCAGGGUUUUGACGUGGAUAUCAAUCAGGUUCUCAAGAACCUGACCACAAUCUCCAACGCUGCCGAGUCCUUGGCGCAUGGUCUUGACAGGAAGAGCGACGAAUGCGAAAGCCUGCGGACGGUGUACUCAUCGCAAACUAUGGACUACGACGGUACUCGUGCGCAGUUGGAGGCUGAACGCGCUGAGAUCAGAGCUGAGCGGAAAAGGAUGUUGAAGUUCGAGGCCGACAUGAAGGCCGAGAAGGACAAGGACGAGAGGGUCAUCAAGGCCCUCCAAGAACAGAUCGCCGGCAAACGCCACCUGUGGAUGCAAGUCCGCAAAGACCCCGAAGAAAAGGCCAUGGCCUUGGAGAUGCUCUCCCGCUCCUCCACUCCCUACACCAGCGUGACCGACUCGUCCGCUUCCCCCACCCCCACCGGCCCGCGCGAAUGGCAAGCCUCCCGCGCCGUAAGCUCCAACAACGCCCGCCCUCCGCGCAGCGGCCACAACCUCAUGCCCGGCACCCAUUUCGGCGGCCCCAUCCCCCCUCGUUCCGUCUCCGGCUUCGCCAUCGCCCACUCCCAACGUCUCGGCUCACGCGGUGGCCACUCACACCGUAAAGGAACCGGCCGAGUCGUUUCCGAAUGGGGCAGUCCCGUCUCUCGUGGCUCCGCUGGCUCGGGUCGCGGCGGCAGUCGAUCCCACCACCAUGGUCUUCCCAACGGCGGUCCUCCCACCGCUAUCUUUAUUCCUCCCACCCCCAAGACACAUGACGAGGACGGUCCGACCGCUACCUUCUGCGGCCAACUCACGCACCUCCUCACCGUCGUCAUCCGCGCUUUUACACACAAGUUUUUCAGCAACCCCAUGCCCGAGGUCGAGUCGCGCAUCCGCAAGGAAUCCUCCUCGCUGUUCCUCUACAUGUGCGACCUCGUCUACCCCGGCCGCGGCCGCAAAAUCGGCGAGUCGCACGUUUCCUUCUUGCUAAACGACGACGUCUCGCGCCCUUACCUCGUCGAGCGCCUGCUAGUGCAAUACAUAGUCGGCACCAUGCUCCAGUCCGACGGCUGGACCGGGUACGAACCCUCAGUAGACAAGGAAAUGGCUUCUUUGUCUGCCCGCCUCAAGGACUCCUCUGGCGCACAAAACCACAGCAAAACUCAUGAGCGUCAGGCGAUGGUAGACCGCCAGGCCGAACUCGUCAAGAAAAUGGUCGACCACCCCAAGUGGGCCGAGUUCAAGAACUACAAGGUUAAUGAUCAUUACCAGCGCUUCAAGAAGAUGGUUGGUCCGUUUUUGCCGCCUGGUCCGAAGAGCGAUGUCCGCGAUGAGGCGCUGUUUGAUCUUUUUAGUAUCGCGGAGAAGGCGUGGCGGAUUGCGCAGAAGGGAUGGGAAUCCAGGAUGACGUAUGUCUAUCUCUGGAGCGAGACGUGCAGCAAGUUUGUGGAGGCGAAUCAUACUGCGGUCAAUAGCGAGAUGACGGGCGCGAUGCUGCAGCAGAGGCAGAUGCGGAUUAGUCUUGUGGUUACUCCCGGGAUUACGAUGAGGGAUGAUUCGAGGGGGAUGAAUAUUGGGACGAGGUUGGUGAGGAGGAGUGAUGUUUUGGUUAUGGUUUAG